UACGAUGAAGGAUUUAUAUUACCCCCACUUCAAAUAAAAAGUACCGAGGGAUGCAUUUCAUUACUGCCCUGUGACACUGGAGAAGCCACGGCUGCAGUGGUAAUAUUCCUCGUUUGUUUGUGUCACACAGAGAAUUUAUUUGCAAGAAGAGUCCUGCUCCAAAGAGGAAAUGAAUAGCCAAUAUUUGCGUCAUGAAGUGCGAGGUUGUGAAACCAGUGACCUGAGGAACUUCUGGGAAAAGACCAUUGAACAACAGACUCAGUAUCUGCAAUAUGAAAAAGAACGUCAGCGAAGAAGCGCUCUGACAAAGCUCAGAAAUGAAUGGAUGGAGAGGCUGGAAAAACGGAUAAAGAUGUUGAGGACCCAACCUGAAGACCCAUCCAGCUGAAGAGCCCACACUCAUUUCAUGUUUGGGAGGAAAAGAAAUUUGUUUUGUAAGAGGGAUGCAAAAGCUGAAGUCAGUUUUACUUUGUAGCUUAAACGAGCUAUAAUUAAUUAGCUGUCAUUGUUAGAAGUUUCAUAUGUGAAAUGUCAAUUGUUGCUUUUAAGAUUAUGCAUCUGUCUCUUCAUUUGAUGAAUGGAGAAUAUAGUACUCUGAAGUAUUUAACACUAAUAAAUCAUGGUUCACUGACACGUAGAUGCCUGGAAAAAGAGUUUAGUUGCACAGUUGUGCUCUGCAAAAGCAUUUCCUCAACAUUUCAGGUUUCUGUAUAGACUGACUGUAAUAGAAUUAAUUUAGACGGUUAAAUGAAUAGUAGAGAAUUUAAUUUUUUACGCAAUACAGCCCAACUCAGAUUAAGAAAGAUGGCACAUGCACAGUGCCACCACAUCCAACAUCACUAGUGAAGCCCAAACUGGUGGAAGCUACAGCUGCCAUGUUAGAAGUCACCUGUGAAGUUGUUAACACAUAUAUACUGAUAAACAGCCUCUGUGAGACACCUACAAGAGCUGCCUGAUUAAUUGACAUCAACCUAGGUAACCCAUAUUAGCUAACUUGAGACAUUAUAUCAGCAUUGAUAGAACAACUUUAAGCUUUGAGACUGUUCCUGGUACCUGAUCUGGCUUGUCUAGAGGUCAACUGAUACUUAUGUUUCAUAGAGUAGCUUUCAGCACUUUCACAGCUGUCUGUCAUCAUGAACGAAAAGCGCAUUUUUUCUUCUAGCACUUUUUCCCUCUAAGACCCAGUAUUUAUUCCUUAAAGACCAGUACUUUCAGAAUCUAGCAGUUUUCCUUGCCUAAAUUUGUCAUUAGUCAAAAAUGUUUCUUGUUGCCCUCCUAAUUCUUCGUUAGGAAAUGUGGCAUUUCCUCCAACAAUAUCAAAGCAUUUCAAUCGGCUGGUGUAAUCAAAUCACUUCCUUUUUAAAGUGACUGCUUUGUUGCCACCAAAUGAUUAGGGUAAUGUACUGCAAGAUGGGUUGUUUUGAGUAUGCUAAAAAACUCUUCUCUCAAUCACUUAACCUUUUAGUCCCUUUUUAUAAGACUGUUUCACUACCUCUCUAAUAAUUCAUAUUGUUUCAAGGCAAAGAAGAAUUGAAUUGCCAGUGAGGCAAGAAGAGAACAAUGGAAGGGUUUGGAGUUUUUAAAUCUUUAGAAAAUCUGCUCUUUUUAAAUCAAAACAAAAAUUUGAAGUGCUAUUUUUUUCCCCCUCUUUAUCUAUCACCUUUUAAUUCCACUUUUGUGUGUCCCAAGACCAAACAAAAUUUAUUAUGUGAAUUUAAACACGUAAAUAAUGUUUGGAAAGCCUGAGAAAUUAAUGAAAAAAAAAAUAACCUUGGAGCACUUAUUCAGAAAUCAAGGUGUCAGUAGGUAUGUCCCUGAACUUGAGAGCAGAGUUUGCCAGACACCAGAAAAAAGCUGCUAAACCCAUGUUCUUUGGUUUAUUCUUAUUCUUAAGCAAUUUUAAAAGUAACAUCAAAUGUGAAUAUGAAGGACAAUAGUAUAACUACAAUAAAGCUCUGCUUAAAUAAACAAUCACCAGAUAGGGCCACAACUUAAUAUUGGGCUUUAGUAAAAAGUAGAUUUCCUUGGACAUGUCUGUUAACAGGUUUCAAUUCUCCCAUACCCAAGCCUGGUGCUUACUGAAUCUCUAGUUCAAUUCCAUCAUGAAACAGCUUUGGGUUUUACAUCAUUUUGGCUGAAAUUAGAGCUUGAACUGAGCUAAGGGAAACAUUUUCCAGUCUCUCGUUCAUUGUGUGAAUUAUGGCACGUGGGGCAAAACAGAGGGAGUCAGAUCUGGCAUAUUUGAAAAAUUAAAGCCACCACCAUGGAAUAAGCUUUUGUUUGCUUCUCACAGAGCUGAGAUCCUUCUUACUACUCGUCUCACAAAGUAAAUCAGAAUGAGGAAAAACCAUAGGGAGCUGGGAAAAAAAGUGUGCUAGGGAGUGACUUCCAUCUGAGUUCCUCAUUGCACAUGUAUGGUUAUGUGGUCACUUAAGAAUGCUUUGGAGUAAGUCCCUAACAAGCUAGAACACCCUAAAAUAAUCUCUUUAAAAUUAUAAAAGGGAACUUAUUUUUUACAGAAUGCAUCUAUUCUGGCCCAAGCCCACGAGGAGUUCUGAAAAUACAUUUUCAGAAUGAAGCCACUUUCCUUUGAGCUUUGUAAUUCCACCUCUAGUGUUUAGAUUAAUUAUUUCAAGCUCAGUUUUCACAGUGCUAAAUUCAGGACUUUGGGCCAUGUAAUCUUCAUUUAUUUGAAUACUAACAACAUAUUUUGAUACAAAACCCACCAGCAUAAUGAAGGUGUAAUCUACUUAAGAGUUUUGUAAGGUACCACACAAAUAAAGAAUACAUAUUCAGGAAAUAAAUAUAAUCUAGAGUUAAUCAGCAAAAAUAAAGAGUGUGAAAGCGUGAAAAUUUAAAUCUAAAUGUCAAGUAACAAUCUUAGCAGAAGCUGGAUCAGAGUCUAGGAUGAAAAUUUUUCUGGUAAUUUCAAAACAAAAAUACAAAUCUUUUCUUUACCUUGAAGGUCACAAGAGAAAUUAAAAGGAGGGAAAAACAAAACAAAACAAAAAACCCCAAACCACUGCAGUAUCUGUGAGAAUCAGAAAUAAGCCAUGACAUUAUAAAAAAGACUAGAGAAACAUUACUGUAGGACUGGAAAAGUCAUCAACUAAAACCUGGUAAAAUCAGCUGGGUUUUAUAAAAUUAUUAUGGCUAGAGAGGAUGUUUACGUGCUCUUCAGACAAUUUUCCACCAAAAUGCAGUUUCAGAGGAGUGCAUUAUUCAACUAAACACUUUAAACUUAACUCAAAUGCUUAUAAAAUAGCUUUAUGAAGACACACUUGAUGUCUUUUGAUUUUGGGGUUUUUUUCUAUCCAGAUUUUCACAUUGCUUUUGAGUGUAACAGCAUGAGAUUUUGAGUUACGCCAAGCUAAUUUUAUUAGCUUUGCAAUUAAAAUGUGGUAGACACUUGC